AUUCGGCCUCUCCGAACAGCCGAGCAGCCGAGCAGUUCAGCGGAGGCGCCAUCUUAAGUCACCGAGAGACGUAGCUCCGCUAGCAAGCAGGACACCAUGUAUCCGACCGCUCUGACGCAGAUGGCCCGGGGCAAUCCGUUCAGCGCGCCCCUGUUCUCCCUCCAGAAAGUGGAGGAACCUCAGCCGAGCCAACAGGGACAGAGGACCCGCAGACUGGCAGCAGCCGCUACCGCACAAGAGGGGGACAGUUGUGAGUUCGGCUCUCAGAAGUAUUUCGUCCUGUGCGGCUUUGGUGGGAUUCUGAGCUGUGGUACCACACACACAGCUGUCGUUCCCCUUGAUCUGGUCAAAUGCAGAUUGCAGGUCGGUUUCCGUGGCUCAGUGCCUUGUUUUUUUUAAUUUAACGUCACGCCCCAUCCACCCAUGGCUGUAUUUGUUUUUUUGGUUUGUCUUGAAAAUGCACCAAUUUUGCAUGAGAGAAAUAACAUCAGCCCAGUUGUGGUGAAGUUGUUUCUUUUGUCAUUGAAUACUGAUUCCAAUGUGUUGGAGUGAUCAUAACAUGGUUGCAUGAUUCUGCACCAGUGUUUUUAUGUGUUGAAUGAUUCUACCCACAUCACCGCCCCCGACACCCGCCCACUCAGUUCCCGGUAGAGGACUCAUGUUGGUGAAGGUCAGGAGUGCCAGGCUUUAGGGAGAAAAUGGCCUGUAUGUUGACUAUGCUAUUUUACAAAGUCAAGGAUGUCUGUCUUAACUGUGUACAUGUAUAAAAGAGAUAUGAAACUCAUUAGUGCUCACAUUAUCAGCCAGUUAUUGAUUUUUCAUUAACACACUGCCUGACUUAUACUGUCAACUUGAGCUGGUCUGGUAAAAAGUAAAAGCCACCAGCAUUAUGGUGAUGUAAAAAAUUCAUUUAUAUAAUUAUAUUGUGCUCUUUUAUCUAAACGGUAAGUUUAUUCUUAAUCAAUAGUUUUGUUAAUAUUUGUGGGACCACAGUGGUGGCUUGCAUAUUAGCCAAUUGACUACAACGGCUUGUCCUGCUGCCAGAAACUGUUCAGCUUGUACAAAAUAUUUCUACCUUGAAUAAACAAGCAUUGUAGCUUGAGAGGAUUAAAUAAGACUAUUUGGAAGUAACUGGCCCAAUUUGCAUGACACUACUGUAUAUUCCACAAUAGUUCAUCGUGAAAUCACAUGUGCACAUUGAUUUUUAUCAACCUUUGGUGUGUGAUCCUAAUAAAUGGUGGCAUGUUUGUGGCAGAGCCCUCUAUAAUGGGAGAGUGGAUCAGUCUGCAGUAGGGACAUGGUCUCAAUGGUUUAACAGUGUUCCUUCUGUAGUUACCACUCUUACAUUAUGUGGCUCUGGUUUGGUGUUGAUUAUUGUGCUGCAUGUGACCCUGCAUGUUGCAUGUUCGCUGUGUGUCCCCUCCCUUCUACCACAGAGGAUAUCAGCUGCGAGUUUGGCUCCUCAAAGUACUAUGCCCUGUGUGGCUUUGGGGGUAUCCUGAGCUGCGGCAUCACACACACAGCAGUGGUGCCCCUCGACCUUGUCAAGUGUCGCCUGCAGGUGGACCCAGAUAAGUACAAGAGCAUCGCCAACGGCUUUUCAUUGACACUUAAGGAAGAUGGUGUCAGAGGCCUGGCAAAGGGCUGGGCUCCCACCUUCAUUGGCUACUCCAUGCAGGGACUGUGCAAGUUUGGCUUCUACGAAGUGUUCAAGGUCUUCUACAGUGACUUACUGGGGGAGGAGAACACCUACCUGUGGAGGACUUCGCUGUACCUGGCUGCCUCAGCCAGCGCAGAGUUCUUUGCAGACAUUGCUCUGGCUCCCAUGGAGGCUGUCAAAGUUCGUAUCCAGACCAGGCCGGGCUACGCCAACAACCUCAGACAGUGUGUCCCCAAGAUGUUUGCAGAGGAGGGUGUCUGGGCAUUCUAUAAGGGUUUGGUUCCUCUGUGGAUGAGGCAGAUCCCCUACACCAUGAUGAAGUUUUCCUGCUUUGAGCGCACUGUAGAGUUGAUAUACAAGUAUGCUGUUCCCAAGCCCCGCGCUGAGUGCAGCAAAUCUGAGCAGCUGGUGGUCACCUUUGUGGCCGGUUAUAUUGCUGGUGUGUUUUGUGCCAUCGUGUCCCAUCCGGCUGACUCUGUGGUAUCUGUGCUGAACAAGGAGUCAGGCAGCACUGCUUUCCAGGUGCUCAAGAAGCUGGGACCAAAAGGUGUGUGGAAGGGUCUGGUUGCCCGUAUCAUCAUGAUUGGUACUCUGACCGCCCUGCAGUGGUUCAUCUACGACUCUGUCAAGGUCUACUUCCGCCUGCCCCGUCCCCCUCCCCCCGAGAUGCCCGAAUCCCUGAAGAAGAAGCUAGGUCUCACAGAGUAACCUCCAUCCAUCCACUGAGCGACAGUCUCCAGCUGGCACAUCUGACCCCCCCCAAACUUCCAGAGCGCACACAGCAGUUUUCUAUAUUUAUGUCCUCAGCCCCUGCUGCUCUGCACAGAGCUCGGGGCUGCUACUACUGUAUAUUUCAAAAGAACAAGCGAGGAGAGAAGAUUGAACGGUCGCUUUUGAUUUACUGAGUCAGGCAGAAAAUAUUCCUCUGUAGAAACACCUCUGGUUUUACCAUUUCCUGUCUUUAGAAACAUGUUGAAAAUCUAAUUAAAAGAAUUUAAUUCCCUGGAAAACAA